AUGGCAACGAAAAAUACUAUGAACGCCGUCGUCUUUAAAGGCCCGCGGCAGAUCGUCGUUGAAAAGAGGCCUGUACCAAAGAUACAGGACCCUCAAGAUAUUAUUGUCAAAGUAACAUACACUGCGCUAUGCGGAAGCGAGCUUCAUGUAUUCCGCGGCCACCAGCCGUCGGGAGUGGACUUCAUCAUGGGCCACGAGUUUACUGGCACUGUAGUCGAGACAGGCAGCGAUGUUAAGACCGUAAAAGUCGGAGAUAAAGUUGUCAGCCCUUUUACUGCUUCAUGCGGGGAUUGCUUCUACUGUAAAGCCGGCUUCUCGUCACGAUGCGUAAAAAGCCUGCUCCUGGGUUGUCCAGCCCUAGACGGUGGUCAAGCUGAAUAUGUCCGCAUGCCUCUGGCUGAUGGCUCGGUGAUGAAAGCUCCAGCAGGCAUCAGCGAGCACUGCCUAGUUCUUAUGGCAGAUAUCUUCCCAACUGGUUUCUUUGCAGCCCAAAACGGCUUCAAGCAUUUCAAAAAGGCGCAGAUCUCAGAAUUGACAGUAGUCGUAAUUGGGUGCGGCCCGGUGGGACUUUGUGCUCUUAUCAACGCUGAGGAGUAUAAGCCUAAGAACUUGCUCGCUGUCGAUUCGGUACCUUCACGUCUUGAACUGGCCAAGUCCCUUGGAGCAGAGCCAUGGAACUUCCAAACUGAUCAAGAGGGUCUUGAAAAACGUGUCAAGGAGCUGACUGAUGGGCGCGGAGCUGAUAUUGUGAUUGAAGUUGUUGGCUUAAGUCCGGCUCUUAAGAUGGCCUUUGAUCUUCUGCGGCCAUGGGGAGUAAUUAGCAGCGUUGGCGUCCAUAAUGCUGAGAUCCCCUGGAAUGGGAACCAGGCCUAUGGGAAGAAUCUUAGCAUCCAGAUGGGCCGAUGCCCUGUGAGGUCGAUAUUUCCUGAAGCUCUUGCUAUGCUUGAGAAGAAACAACACCUGCUUGGCUUCAUGGCGGAUAAGAUUAUGCCUCUCACUCAAGCAGUCGAGGGAUAUGAUAUUUUUGACAAGAUGAAGGUCCAGAAGGUCAUUUUCAAGGCCGAUGAAUGA